CGUAUUUCUGAAGCGUACCCGGAAGACCUAGGGUGACAUUCGGUACAAGCGUGAAAGCCUGAGUGUGGAUAUAUGCCGAAAAUUAACAUCAGAUUCGGACGACAAUAAAUAUACCAACUGAAUUAAAAGUUUAAUUGCUAUAAUGGCAGCGUGGAGCUGCAGGUUUUUAAGGUGGGGAUUAAGAGACCCACUGUUAAAGGGAGCUGAAAGCCCUCUGUGCGUACGGUUUGUUGGCACCAUCAAGAGUACAACCUGGUGGGAUGAGCACCUUUCCGAUGAAAAUAACAAGUUCCUGCGAAGAGUGAUACCCGAGGAGUACAGCAGCCAGACCGCGAGCAAACUGUGCCCUUUGAAGGAUGAGCCCUGGCCCAGACAGGAGUGGGAGGCAGGGAGCCGGCGUGUGGGCCUGAUUGCAUUGAAGCUGGGCAUGAUGCCGAUCUGGACUAAGAUGGGGGAAAGACACGUUGUCACGAUGCUGCAGGUCCCGGAUUGCCAUGUUAUUAAAUAUAUGCCUAAAGAACAACAUGACGGGAAAUCAGCUGCUCUGCUUGUAGGAGCGAAGAACGUUUCGCCUUUUUAUAAAUCAGAAGCGGCCAUGGAGAUGUAUCGCAAUGCCGGGGUGCCCCCAAAACAGAAAAUUACAACAUUCAAAGUGUCAGAUAAUGCCAUCAUCAAGCCAGGAACACCUCUGUAUGCAGCUCACUUCCGCCCAGGACAGUAUGUUGAUGUGACGGCAAAAACAAUUGGCAAGGGCUUCCAAGGUGUGAUGAAGAGGUGGGGCUUCAAGGGCCAGCCAGCAUCCCACGGCCAAACCAAAACUCACAGGAGGCCAGGAGCAUCGGGCCCAGGAGGAGAUCCUGCCAGAGUCUUCCCAGGGAAGAAGAUGCCUGGGAAAAUGGGAAAUGUGUAUCAGACAGCACACGGCUUGAAAAUUUGGAGAGUGAACACAAAAUAUAACAUUAUCUACGUAAAUGGCUCUGUUCCCGGACACAGAAGUUGCUUAGUAAAGAUUCGAGAUACAGUUCUGCCUACGCAUUUGAAGACUGUUCAGGCACCUCCAUUCCCAACUUUUUUCCCUGAUGGGGAUGAAGAGCUGCCGGAAGAUCUGUACGAUGCGGCAAUGUUUCACUUCGGUGAACCUUCUGUCACUUGUGCUUGAACACGCUCCCGUGUUCUCCAUGUGGCGGGGAGUGUGAACCUUGUCAAGGCUGCAGCUGUCAGCUUGUUGCCCAUCAGUUUUGGUCGCUGCCAGUUCAGCUUCACAUUUCAAAAACGAGACAGCAGAGAAUGUGGAAGAGAGAACUUCAGAUAAUGAAGGGGAGCAGAGUGACCCCCACCACUGCAUAACAGACACGACCGUCCCAACUUCUUUGUUUGCAGAAAUGAAAAAAUAUCUCAGUACAGUUUUUAAAAAAUUUAGAAUUCUUUUGCCUUUUACUUUGAUAUAUUUUCUAUCUUUAACUGUUGAAAAGACUCACCCUUCAAAAUAAAGCAUAGAAAUAAUUCCCAAAC